UCGACGCUCUCCCCGGGUCGGAGAAAUGCAACCAAUCCACGAGUGUGUCCGGGAAGCGGCGCUCCGCAGUGGUUGAUGAAGUCUGAUGACGGACCCGCCCUCCAAUCGGCAGGCGAAGGGCUGGGCUAGAGUCAGCUGGUGAAACCACAUGACCGGAGCCUGGCGCCGGAAGCUACCUAUCCGGUAGUCAGCUCCCCCGGCACCUACGGCUGCGAUGACUUCCGCACUGACCCAGGGACUGGAGCGAAUCCCAGACCAGCUUGGCUACCUGGUGCUGAGCGAAGGUGCAGUGCUGGCGUCAUCUGGAGAUCUUGAGAAUGAUGAGCAGGCAGCCAGCACCAUCUCAGAGCUGGUCAGCACAGCCUGUGGCUUCAGGCUGCACCAUGGCACGAACAUCCCUUUCAAGCGCCUGUCUGUGGUCUUUGGUGAACACACACUGCUGGUGACUGUGUCCGGACAGAGGGUGUUUGUGGUAAAGAGGCAGAACCGAGGUCGGGAACCUAUUGAUGUCUGAGCUGCAGAAGGUGCUGGCUGGAGAAGUGGACUGCCGCUGGGCCUGUGACGGGUGACACCGUCCUCUACCUUUCUCGCUGCUGGAACUGGGCCUGUGCUCGCCACCUCCUCACCCCCACCUAAGACACAAAGGCUUAGCGAUUUCUGCGCUAAGGGAAACCAUGGCAAGAGCAUCCCCUCCUUUCUUCCCUUCUGCGUAAUAAACAGCACUCCAACCCUUCCAGGGCUCA